CCCCUGCAGGCGUGGACAGGGACUGCUACAACCGGCACAAUAGGCGGUGAGGAGGAGUGGACCAGCAGCAGCCAGCACAGGCGUGUGUCUGUCACAGGAAAACACCGCUGCGGGGAGUGAUACCGCCCUCUCCCCGCGUCCACACGUCCAUAGCCUUAGUACCAGCCUCUUCAUCGGGAUGCACUGAUCCAGACCGUGUGUUUUCCCUCGCAGGGCUUCACCGGCGGCGGCUCCUCCAUGCGUCAGGACGGGAAUGGAGCAGGAAUCCGGUACUACGGCGGCGGUGUCCGCGGCUGCGGGGACUUUCCUCUCCCUGAACGAGCACGAGCAGCGGUAUUACUCGGGGCUCCACGCCGUGUGCCAGGCUGACACUUCGGGGAAACUGUCGUCUCCUAAAGUGGCCGAGCUGUUCAAAGCGUCUCAGCUGCCCCCAGAAGCCCUGCAUAAAGUAACGGAGGUUUGUGGAGCCAAACGCCUGGGAUACUUUGGCACAGCCCAGUUUUAUGUGGCCCUGAAGCUUCUGGCUGCAGCCCAGUCUGGACUCCCCAUUCGCCUGGAGAGCGUUACAGCCAACCUCCCAUUACCCAGAUUUGUGGGUCUGCAGAGUGAAGCAGAGAUACGGUACCCCUCCAUUCCAGCAGGGGGAGUAGAGGGACAGGUGGCCGCGAGUGCGACAGGACCUGGAUUAUCCUGGACCGGCGCAGACAGGAGCGCCUACAGACAUGUGGAGCCCGGGGCAGAGAAGAAAGAGUUGUGGUCUCCUCCCAGAUCACCGUGCACAUCGCCCCCUCGAUCUCCCUCCAGCUACCGCAGCUACCCAUACUCCAGGAAUGGAGCAGAGCCACACAUGGUCUAUCCUGUAGACAUCCACUCAUCUCGCUCAGGGGUUCAGCUGGAGCCACACUCUUCUCCCAGUAACUAUGGGACCAAACCCUCUGCAGACCUCUCCUCUGCUGCUGCUAUUGUUCGGGCUGGAUCCUCUGAGCGACUUGACCAGCAGGGGGCAGACUACCCGGAUGAUGACCCCUGGAGGAUCACAGAAGAACAGCUCCAGUAUUACACAAACCAGUUCACAAGUCUGCAGCCAGAUCUUGGGGCACUCAUUAUAGGGGCCGUUGCCAAAGACUUCUUCACAAAAUCCAAGCUGCCGAUCCCAGAGCUGUCCCAUAUUUGGGAGUUGAGUGACAUGGACAGAGACGGAGCACUCACGUUUUCUGAGUUCUGCACAGCCUUCCAUCUGAUUGUAGCUCGUAAAAAUGGCUACCCACUCCCCGAGAGCCUGCCCCCCACCCUCAGACUGGCGUUUGUACAGCCAGAGGAGGACAUCCCGGAAACGCCUGAACCUCUCAUUGUCUUUGAGGACACUGAGGUGAAGCACAGUCAGAAUAUUGACAUCGUGGAAAGACUUCAGCCUCAAAUAAAACCAAAUGCAAGUGAGGAGGCUACUAAACAAGCUGAUACCACUGUGAGGAUAGCAGCAACACUGGAACCCACUCCAGAACCUAUGACCUUUCCUCAAAGACCAGAUCCUCCACAAGAGCUGGACCCACAGAUGAAGACGAAAACUAGACCCAGAUCAUACUCCAGUACAUCUAUUGAAGAUGCCAUUAAGAAAGCAGAGGAGCCACCCACUCCUCCACCACGACCACAGAAGUCCCACUCCCGGGCCUCAUCCCUGGACCUCAACAAGCUUUUCCAACAGGGCGCAUUAGGUGCAAAAAGUGGCUGGCUUCCUCCACCUCCUGCACUGCCUCCCAGACCGGCACCCUCACAGGUCCCCCAUUUUGCCCCGGAGAAACCUCCUCAAAACAAGGUGCAGCAGCCAAACUUCGCAGACUUCAGUCACUUUAGAGAAGAGGAGGAGAGCAGCGCAAAGGGCGAAGGUCAAAGUGUGCGCUCCAGAUUUGGGCCAAGUACCGAAGAAGACUUGACUGGCGCUUCAAAACAGGAUUUGCUCCACAGUGCACCGCAGAAACCAGUUCGUAGGAAAUACCAUACAGAAGUCCCAAACAUGGACGUACCACCCCCUGCAAUGACGCUGGCUCCUCCCACCAAGGCUCCUCAGAAGGUGCUGUCCAAACAGAAGAGGGAGAUCCAAAUGGCCAUCCGUAAGAACAAGGAAACCAACGCGGUGCUGAAACGUCUCAACAGCGAGCUCCAGCAGCAGCUCAAGGUGGUUCACCAGGAGAGGGUCACCUUGGAGUCCCAGCUGGAGCUUGUGCGGCCCGUGGCUACAACAUGACUCAGACUGGACUAAGGUCAUAUGGUCCUGCUUCAUCCCAGAGUCUUUGUAAGGACUAUAGACUCUUCAACAAAGUCAAACUUAUCUGGGCGUCGAACUUGCAUCUCCGGUGGUGCCCCACUUGGACAUGUUCAAGUACUUCAGCUACUGCAACAUGCUGCAAGACAAUGUAUUUUAUCACGACUGUAUUAUAUGGCUAUGUAAGUUAUUCUGUUUCACUGUGGGAUCCUAACUUAUUUGUUUUAUGUUAUGUGUAUUUGUUCUUUAAAGCUCAUCCAUCAUCUGUCUAUGCAUCUCACUGUUAUGAAGUACAACUUUGAGAUUGUUUACAUACUGAAUGCAUAUACAGAUCAGGCAUAACAUUAUGGACUCACUAUUCAUGGUGAGUUUUUCUAUAAUGACAAUCUGCAUGUUAUACAGCAAUAUAUAUUUUGGAGAUGGUCUUAACUAGCCGUUAUCUAGCCAUGUUAGACUUGCCUUUCUUCAUAUUGAACUCACCCAGCAUAAGGAUGCCAAAAUGAUGAGAUAAACUUUGUUACUUGGCCACAAUGUUACGCCUGAUCAUUGUAUACUGCUAUCCAAUGUAUGCACCCAUGUGUGAAGGUGCUACAGAUGUUAUUGCACUGCUAGCAAAAUGCACAUUGCAAAGUUGUACUAAAUGUUUUUAUAAUUAGUUUUUUAUCAUUUCUGCUCUGCACACUCCAUAUGUGUGUGGUGUUAUGGCACGCAGAGGGAUCAUGAAGACUAAAUAAAAUGAGCAAUGAACUUUUUAAUUUAAGAUUUGUAACAUGACAGUUCUAUUUUUCCAUAAUGCAUCUCUAUUUUUGUUCAAAACAUAAACAUUACAUGAAUUACUUUUAUCAUUAAAGAUGGCACAAACUGAAUGGACUUGCGUGCUAUUGAGAUUGCUAUAUUUGGUAAAAGACAUGAUUGCCUUCCUGGAUGUAAUGUGAUGCUGCAUGUUUGAUCAAAAAGACUGGACAGUUACAAAGUGCUCUCCUGACAAUAAACCAAUAAAGUUGUCUAUUUUUA